AUGGCCGCCGACGAAUCAUUGCAAGCGCCUCUCAACUUCACCGGCCACCGCCAACUCAUCUCGCGCCUCCUCCUCGCAACACUCACAGGCCGACCUGUUCGCAUCUCGCAAAUCCGCUCCUCGUCGACCAACCCAGGCCUCACCCGCCAUGAAACCAAUUUCAUACGCCUCCUCGACGCUGUAACAAAUGGCUCGCAAGUCCAAUUCAGCAUGACAGGUACCACGCUUGUAUACCGCCCCGGCCUAAUCACAGGCUCAGCCGAAGGCCUGGGCGCAAGUGGAGGCGUAAUACGGCACGAGAUACCAGCCGAGUGCAGGAGAAGAGGCGUGAGCUGGUGGCUUGUGCCGUUGUGCAUACUGGCGCCAUUCAGCAAAGGAAACAUGAACGUCAUUUUCCACGGCGAAGGCUGCGUAACGUCGUCCACACUCAGCGGCGACAUGAGCGCAGACACUGUCCGAACGGCGAUUCUACCCUUGUACAAGAACUUCGGUAUCGAGCGAAACAUUGAACUCCGCAUCCUCAAGCGCUCGUGUGCGCCUGCAGGAGGCAAAGGAGCAGGUGGCGAAGUACAACUCGUAUUCAACCACCAAGUCCGCCUGCCGAAGACACUGCACUUGUUGAACCCCGGGCGGGUGAAGAAAAUCAGAGGUGUAGCGUACUGUGUCGAGGUGCCAAAGUCUAACAAUGAGCGCAUGAUUUUUGAAGCGCGUGGUAUAUUAAACAAAUUCGUGCCGGAUACAUACAUCUUCUCCGAUGCAUCGCCUGCUCCCCUCAUCCCCACAACCGUCAAAGGCCACCCUUCCGGCAAAGUCAAGGGAGCCGUGGGGUUUGGACUAAGUCUUGUAGCAGAAACGAGCACGGGAUGCAUAUAUUCGGCCGACGUGUGCUCACCACCCGAUGGCGGCGUCCCGGCUGAUGAAAUUGGCAAGCAGUGCGCCUACCAACUGCUCGAAAAAAUAUCACAGGCAGGAUGUGUCGAGAGCGUAGCGGCGCCGACGGUGUUGAUGCUCAUGGCCAUGGGAAGUGAAGAUGUGGGACGUCUGGCGUUGGGCAGAGACGUUCUGGCGAAUGAGGAGAUUAUACAAUUAGCAAGGGAUUCAAAAGUUUUCGGUGGGAGUGGAUGGGGGUUCCGCGAGAAUGGAGGUGAAAACGAAAGAGGGGAGAUUGUGGUUAGUGUGGUUGGGAGAGGAGUCGGUAAUGUGGGACGAAAGGUCGCAUAA